AUCUCGCAACUGCGCAAGCCUGCGUCUGCACCAGUCUGCACACGCCUUCCCCGCACCCCUCCCGCGUGACCCUCUGGUCGCGCCCUCCCAUUCCCAGUCCCCGGUGGCCCAAAUGCAUGAUAUCUGAGACUGAUUUGAGUUGACCGCUGCUGCUCGGCAAAACCAUGUUGUUGGGGGGGGGGGGGGGGGCGCAGCCCACUUUGAUUGCGGCAGUUGUUGGGGGGGGGGGACGCAGCCCAUUUUGACUUGCAAGGGCCCUCUCUUGAAACAUGGCUCUGUGCUUCACCCCGGGCGCCUUGCUCUGAUCCUGACUGUACAUGCGAGGUAACAGGCAGGUACCUCCCUUGGUUACCGGCCCGGAAUGGUAUUUGGGCAGUCGGGCCUUGCGCACUACGGACAGCCUUGACGGCCGAAGCACGCACCGGUACACCCAUCGUUACGGACUUACGGCACCCUUCGCGCUGUUUGUGAAUCGGCACCUGUAAGGACCCGUGAUGUGAGUGCAGCAGACCCGUGACAUAAUGCCGGAGGGCAAUUUCCCGCUGCGAUUGCACCGCACAAAGAACGCAACCUGUGGGAGCGGGAUCAAAAGGGAUAGCGUUCCACACGGUCAAUCCUGGUGGCUCUACGCUUCGCGUGUGCCCAGUUCGACUGGUUGCGCCCAGAAUGGAAGUGGUGGACUCACUACCGGCGCUGGAGCGCAUGCUGGGCGCCCUGGUGGGCGUGGAGUGGCUAGCGGUGGAUGCCGAGGGCGUGAGCUUGAGCCGCGAUGGGAAGCUGUGCCUGCUGGCGCUGCAGCCGGCGCGGCUGCUGGUGAGGACCUGGCAGUGGCUGCCCGGAUACCUGGUGGACGUCAGUGUGCUGUCCACUGAGGCGUUCUCGCACUGCAGCCGUACAGGAGGUAGCGUGGCAGUCGGCAGCUGCGCGAGUGUGAGCAGGUAGUUGUACGGCGGCCCGGCUCGGAAGCUGUCUGGCUGUAGUGACGCACACGGGUCGUUGGCGGUUGUCGGCAGGCGCGCGAGUGGGAGCGGGCAGUUGAGCGCACACGCGUGUGGGAAGCUGCAGUGGAGUACGGCGGAGCUCGGCGGAGGCUGGCGGUUGGCGCGGCGCGCGAGUGGGAGUGCAUAGUCGCGGGCGUGCCGUUUGGGAAGCUGCGUGUGAGCUGUGUGUAAACUCAGAGAGAUGCAUGGGGCUGACCCCUGUCCAUAGGCUGCCUCUAGGCGCACACGGUUUCACACGGUCGACAUGGGGACCCCCGCGGGGCGGCGCCGGGGGGCGCCACCCCGUGUGUGAGUUGUGAGGAUGCGGAUGAGUGCGACCUGGAUGCGGGGGAAACAUGUCCGGUUGCGCGGCGCGCAAAGCGCGCCGUGGCGGAGCGUUUGUCCCCCCAGGCUGGUGGCGAUUAUAUCAGAGCGCACACGGUUCACACGUCUGCCAAAGGGACGGUCGCUGCUGGGGCGGCGGCAGGGGGCUGAAUCGAAGGGACUCGCUGGAGUGCAUGAGAGUCGCUGGUGUGCACGCGCGGGCGGGGCGCCGGGGAACUCGGCGGAAACUGGCGGGGAAUUCGUGCGAAAUUCGAAAGAAAUUCGAA